GUUUUGUUAUUUUGGUUUGUCAAGCUUUCUUGCUGGUCUUUUUUCUCCAUUCUGUUAAUUUUUUCUUUGUUUGAGAAAUUUCUGUUUUCAAGAUUUGUUUUUUUGACUGUGGUUGUUGUUGUUAUUUGAGUUAAAGUUGAGAUCUUUACAUUGAUUGUGACUGAUUACCUAUUUUGGUGUAUGCUCUGUCCUUACUGAUAUAUAUAAUUUUGACUUUCUAAAAGAAGGUUGUUUUUAUGGCUCAAUUCUCUUAUUCUGAAUCUAUGUCUGGAAGUUCACAACAUGGGGUCCAGGUUGUCCCAUUUAAGACAUCAGCAGGAUCACUUAGGGUAUUGUUGUUGCAUGGAAACUUGGAUAUUUGGGUGAGGGAGGCUAGGAAUUUGCCAAACAUGGAUUUAUUUCAUAAGAAAUUGGAUAACUUGUUGGGAGGAUUGGCAAAACUUGGUAGUAAAAAAGAAGGAUCUCCUAAAAUUACGAGUGAUCCAUAUGUCACAGUUUCAGUAUCUAAUGCUGUAGUUGCUAGGACCUAUGUGAUUAACAAUAGCGAAAAUCCGGUAUGGAUGCAGCAUUUUUAUGUACCAGUGGCACAUUAUGCAUCAGAAGUGCAGUUUGUUGUUAAAGAUAAUGAUGUUGUAGGAUCACAAAUUAUUGGUGCUGUGGGAAUUUCUGUAGAGCAGCUAUGUUCUGGUGCAAUGAUUGAGGGAACAUUUCCGGUUCUUAAUAGUAGUGGGAAGCCGUGUAAAGAGGGAGCUGUACUUACUCUAUCAAUUCAAUUCACUCCAAUGGAGAGGGUACCCCUUUAUCAUGGUGGUGUGGGGGGGGAUCACGAGUAUCAGGGCGUGCCUGGGACUUACUUCCCUCUUAGAAGAGGUGGCAAAGUAACACUUUAUCAGGAUGCUCAUGUGCCUGAAGGCAGCCUCCCGAACUUGUGGCUUGAAAAUAGAGUGCAGUAUCAGCAUGGACAGUGCUGGCAGGAUAUAUUUGAUGCAAUCACUCAAGCUCGUCGGUUGAUUUACAUUACAGGAUGGUCUGUCACCCACCUAGUUACACUUGUUCGGGAUAAUGACAAUGCUGAGAAGAGUAUGUUGGGGGAAAUUCUCAAGAGGAAGUCCCAGGAAGGUGUGAGAGUACUGCUGCUCAUAUGGGAUGAUCCUACUUCUAAGAGCAUUUUGGGAUACAAAACUGAAGGAAUAAUGGGAACUAAUGAUGAAGAAACUCGUCGCUAUUUUAAGCAUUCUUCAGUGCAAGUGCUACUUUGUCCUCGUUCUGCUGGAAAAGGACACAGCUGGGCCAAAAAGCAGGAAACUGAAACAAUAUACACGCAUCAUCAGAAAACUGUAAUAGUGGAUGCAGAUGCUGGUAAUUACCAGAGAAAGAUUAUGGCUUUUGUUGGGGGACUUGAUUUGUGCAAAGGGCGUUAUGAUACUCCAGCACACCAUAUCUUUAGAACGUUGCAAAAUGUGCACAAGGAUGACUUUCAUCAGCCUAACUACACGGGCCCUACUACUGGUUGUCCUAGAGAACCUUGGCAUGAUUUGCAUAGUCGGAUCGAGGGGCCUGCUGCAUAUGAUGUCCUAAGUAACUUUGAGGAGCGCUGGUUGAAGGCUUCAAAGCGCCAUGGACUUCAAAAGAUGAAAGCUUCACAUGAUGAUGCAUUACUCAAACUUGACAGGAUUCCUGAUAUUUUGGGAAUAGCUGAUGUCCCUUGCCUAAGAGAAGAUGAUGCAGAUACAUGGCACGUCCAGAUUUUCCGGUCAAUCGACUCCAACUCUGUUAAAGGUUUCCCCAAAGAUCCCAAAGAAGCCACUAACAUGAACCUAGUGUGCGGUAAGAAUGUGCUGAUAGACAUGAGCAUACAUACUGCCUAUGUAAAGGCAAUUCGAGCUGCCCAGCAUUUCAUCUACAUCGAGAAUCAGUACUUCCUAGGAUCUUCCUAUAAUUGGAGUAACUACCAAAAUUUAGGUGCAAAUAACUUGAUACCAAUGGAAAUUGCUCUAAAAAUUGCCAACAAAAUACGAGCAAAUGAGAGGUUUGCAGCAUAUAUAGUUCUUCCUAUGUGGCCAGAGGGCAAUCCAACCAGUACCGCUACUCAGAGAAUACUUUUUUGGCAGCACAAUACCAUGCAGAUGAUGUAUGAAACUAUUUACAAAGCUUUACAAGAGGUAGGACUGGAAAACACAUAUGAACCCCAGGACUAUUUGAUUUUCUUCUGCCUUGGCAAUCGUGAGGUUCCGGAAAAUGGAAUAACUACAGUUGUCAGAAGUUCGAAGCCAAAUACACCUCAGGAACUCACUCAGAAAAGUCGUCGUUUUAUGAUCUAUGUUCACUCAAAAGGAAUGAUUGUAGACGAUGAGUAUGUCAUAUUGGGAUCUGCAAACAUCAAUCAACGUUCUCUGGAAGGCACCAGGGAUACUGAAAUUGCAAUGGGCGCGUAUCAGCCUCAUCAUACAUGGGCCAACAAACAUGCUGGACCACAUGCGCAGAUAUAUGGAUAUAGGAUGUCACUGUGGGCAGAGCACACGGGAACUCUAGAGCAAUGCUUUGAGCAUCCAGAGAGCCUUGAAUGCGUGAGACGGAUAAGAGUAUUUGGUGAACACAACUGGCUACAAUACGCGGCUGAUGAAGUAACUGAAAUGAAAGGCCACCUUCUUAAGUAUCCUGUUGAAGUUGAUCGAACGGGGAAAGUCAAGUCACUUCCUGGCUGUGAAACUUUUCCAGAUAUCGGAGGGAAGAUAAUAGGUACAUUCACCGGUGUUCAAGAAAAUCUCACCAUCUGAUCUAAGGGAUUUUCAAGAAUCCUCAUUCUGCAGCCUGAGAUUAAUUCUUUUAUAUUGUUUCUGCACCAUAAUGAACUGGUGUUUGCCUAGUGUUGGUUAUACAAACUAGAAUGAAAAAAAGAAGGUGUUUUUGUAUUUUGAUGAUUUUGACUCAGAGAGCGAUUUCUCACUUGUGGAACUAUACCGAGUAUGUUAUUGUUGAAUCGACAACUAUUGAAAAGAAAAGUCUUUAU